CACACAGCAGCGCCCUGAGACGGAGGGCCGAUCGCAGCCUCUCUCUGGCUGGGUAGGCCGAACCCCACCGCCUACUUGGCUCUGGCACAUCGCAGCACCAGCUUGAUCUCCUCGUCAAGAGCACACGCCUGCAUUUCCGAGCCAUCCAUUAUUCCUCCCCCUGCGGAGUCUCGUCACUCCUUCUCCGUCCGAUUCCUCCCCCAGAGCUCAUAAGUGGAGCUAUCAAACCCAAUAUACUCGGCAUCGUUAUCUGAUUUGACCUUUCUUAACACCUACCGGUCCGAACUGGGAGUCUUGACGCCUUCGAUUGACUGCUGGCGAUUCGCAUACGAGAGCUUCCUGAUCUUCGCUGUCACUUGCCUUGUCCGUUCAGAGAUUGCUCGCCUGACGUCCGACCUCCCGCCUGCGCGCCGAGAAGAGAUGGAUGCUCUUUGAGGCCCUACGAUUCCGCCGCGGUCGACGUCAUCGGAACAUCCUCCCUAUCCCUACGAAGCUAUAUGCCGUCUGUUGAAACCCAAAACCGCACUUUCACAUUUUCCGCGAAACACGGCAAUCCUUAAUUGCUACCAUGCGACGCCAUGGCAGGCCCAGCGGCGGGUCGACCAAGGUCACCCCCAUGUCCGAAACCGUCUCGCUGAUACACUCUUUCGACUCCGUAACGAAUCCAAAUCGCCCGGCACGUCCCUCCCCCUUGGCCUCAUCCCAUAUCCAGGAGCUACCUUUGGACUUGAUAGACCGUCUACACUCGUUCCCGCUUUUCCAGUCCACACCGGAGUCGUUUCUGUUCGAAGUCGGACAUCACCUACGCCCACAGCUGCACGCCGCGAAUGACUAUAUCUUGACGGAGGGAGAUGAAGCGAAGGCUAUGUAUUGGUUGGUGCGCGGCGCGGUGGCUGUUACGUCCCGCGAUGGGGAGAGUAUCCACGCGGAGCUGAAGCCGGGCGCGUUCUUUGGAGAAAUUGGCAUCUUGAUGGAUCGGCCCCGCACUGCAACAAUUAUCGCUCGCACAAGGUGUCUGCUUGUUGUUCUGACGAAGGAGGAUUUCAGGAAAAUCCUCCCAAAGUUCCCUGAAGUUGAGCGGGCGAUCAGGGAUGAAGCCAAGGAAAGAUUGGCCAUCUUGGAGCGGAAGAAGAAGGAAUCUUCGACCGUGGACCACGCGACUCGGGAUCGGAGAGGCUCGAAAAGAGUUAGGGAUAGCUUUUCAGAGGAUUUAUCGCCUCGCGCACAGGAGGAUAUGGGGUUUGGUGGAGUCAACAAGAAGCGCAAGUCUCCCAGCCCUGUACUCAAAGACGUGGGCACGUCAAGCCCCCUGGCCAAUGGCGUGGUAAAUGUACGCCUUUUACUCAAGGAAUUUCCUCUAUUCUCGAAGCUACCCGGGGAUAUUCUUCAUUUCUUGGGUCUCAAUGCCGAGCCCCGUUCAUAUCCCCCAUUCACCGAUAUCGUUCGACAAGACUCCCAGGGCCGUGAGGUAUAUUUCAUUGCUCGGGGUGAAGUUGAGGUUCUCACAGAGACGACUGUGAGUCAGCAUGGUCGCCGUCCCUCAGAUGCAAUUGCAAAACCUGGCUUCGAAAUUAAAGCCCGUCUAAGGCAAGGACAAUACUUUGGUGAGGUCGUGAGUCUCUCUCUUGCUCCGCGCCGGACAGCAACUGUCCGAUCUGUCACGUCCGUUGAGUGCCUUAUGAUUGGCGGCGAUGUGCUCGCUGAAUUUUGGGAAAAGUGCCCAGCAGAUGUCCGCCAACAGGUUGAGAGAACCGCCAAGGAGAGGCUUCAAUCGGCCACCGACGGCGAUGUCGUAAUGGCAGAGGCAGCAGAGGUCGCACCAACCGUCGACGAACUCGCCUUAGACGAGAGGGAAAAAUUAAAAAUAACCGCGUCUCGCAGGCGAUCGAUGCCACUCCUUACGCUCACGGAGACGGAACUGGACGCGCAGCAGAAAGCUACGGGAGUGGAAGAUCGACCCGUUCUAGAACCAUCUGACCCCGAUCCUUUUCUAAACGAGGGUUUAGAUAAAGUUCGCCUUCGAUCACGGCGGGGAUCAGUUGCACCAAUUACCCCGGAGGAAGCUUCAGGGGAACAGCCUAGGCAUUCUUCUCAACCGGAAUCCCGUUCUUCUACAAGCUCGACUUUCCCUGGUCUUCCAGAGUAUAUCGCCCUACCACCAGCUAAAGGUCAGCGCUCGUUACCAAACGGUAACCGCGGCCCGUUCCCAGAUACUGUCCUUUUAAACAUUUUUCACCACCUGGAGUUGCACCAUCUUCUUCGCCUUCGAGCUGUUUCUCUUCACUGGUCGGAAAUCCUAAGCAAAUCUUCCCAUCUCCUUCGCUAUUUGGACCUGAGCCCGUACAAUCGGAAAGUGACCGAUGAGGUUCUUGUCAAGAUCAUUUGUCCCUUUGUUGGCCAGCGGCCACGCGCCAUAAAUAUCAAUAACUGCUUCCACAUCUCCGAUGAAGGGUUCGCAGCGCUGGCUAAUACAUGUUGCUCCAACGUCGUCUCUUGGAAAAUGAAAAGCGUAUGGGAUGUAUCUGCGCCCGCCAUUCUCGAUAUGGCUGGCAAAGCUCCUAGUUUAGAAGAGAUCGAUCUCAGCAACUGUCGGAAGGUCGGUGAUUCGCUCUUGGCGCGAAUUGUCGGCUGGGUUGUGCCUGGACAACAGAAUUCAAACAUGGGGCCUGUGCAGAUUAGCAAAGGAGUCGUGAUGAAGCCUACCAUACAGACUGCUGCGGGCACUGUAUUUGGUUGUCCGCGGCUAAGAAAAUUGACACUGUCAUAUUGCAAACAUAUCACGGACCGCUCCAUGUUCCAUAUUGCGUCUCAUGCGGCCAGCCGAAUCGAGGAAGUUGACUUGACUCGUUGCACCACAAUCACGGAUCAGGGGUUCCAAUAUUGGGGGAAUACACAAUUUUCUAGGCUGCGGAAGCUUUGUUUAGCGGAUUGUACGUACCUGACCGACCAUGCCAUUGUGCAUUUGACCAACGCAGCCAAGCAGUUGCAAGAGUUGGAUUUGGUAAGAACGAGCAUUUUGAGCAUUAUCUAAUACUCACGAGUGUUUCUCACUAACAGUCAGUAGUCUUUCUGCUGUGCAUUAUCCGACACAGCAACUGAAGUUCUCGCCCUCCAAUGUUCCCAGCUCACCUACCUCAACAUGUCUUUUUGUGGAUCUGCUAUUUCAGACCCUUCACUGCGCAGCAUUGGUCUUCAUCUUCUUCUUCUCAAACACUUCUCCGUUCGUGGCUGUGUCAGAGUUACUGGUCUUGGGGUUGAGGCCGUGGCAGACGGCUGUAACCAGCUGCAAUCAUUUGACGUCAGCCAGUGCAAAAACCUCACUCCCUGGCUCGAGAACGGGGGCCAUAUCAGAUAUGAGAAUCGGAUCUACUUCAAAACCAUUGCCUUGAACGGGUCAGCCUCUCGGUAGGUAUCCGCAAUCUAUCCGUUGCUACCCAUAAUAGGUAGUCGAGAUCUUCGCUUUCCUCUGCAAGUUGGUCAUCAGCCAGAUUUUGGACUAUCAUUUACUGCCUUUUAUUUGACAUAUUUCUUAUUCUUAUCCGACAUAUAUGUUGUCUAAUAUUUUCCGGUCUUGUCUUAUUUCUGACAAUUUUCUGCACUCAUAUUGAGAGGAUUUAUUCUUGCUUUGUCAAACAUAUUAUGACCCACUAAUGCCCGUUAUGGAUUUGUUCAUGGAGCUGGUACCUGAGGUGCAAUUUCAUUUCCUUUAACCCUCUGAAUGCUUUGCUUUUACUUAUAUCUCUUGCUAGAGCUGGCACUUGUGCAUUUUGGAUUGAUCUCUUUCUGUUGAUCUGCAAUCUGCUAGUUGGGCACAGGCAUGGCACGAGUUUAGUUAAGGACAGCAGGCGACUUUGAAACCUGGCAGUUUCUUUCUUUCUUGUGUUCUUCACCUUUCUUUGAUGAUAUCCUGUAUCAUAGUUGCCCGUUAUUAUUAUUAUCCUGCGAAUUUGAGGAUUGGAAUAGAUUCUAUUGGGUCUCCCUUGAAACCCCAAAACUGUUACCAUCGGGGCUUUUGCAAUCAUAGCCUGCUGGCCUUUUGUCUCCAUCUUCUCAAUCACUGGUUUGCUCAACUUCACGUCUGACAAAGGCAAAACAUAGUUAGAAUAAAACGAAGGUCAGUGAGAU